CUGAUAUAUUAAAUAGUUUAGGAAAAGUUUAUUGUGAUCAAGGAUAUUAUGAUCGAGCAUUAACAUGUUAUCAAAAGGCAUUUGCUAUCAGUGAAAUUAAUUAUACAAAUGAUCAUUUACAAAAAGCUCAAACAAUUGAAAAUAUUGGAUUAUUAUAUAAAACCAAUGGAAUGUUAGAAAAAGCUCUUGAUGAACUUUUAAAAGCACUUGAUAUGUAUAAUAGAAUUUAUUCUAAUAAACAUCAUGAUAUAGCUCGAUGUUUUGGUCAUAUUGGACUUGUUUAUGAAGCUAGUAAUGAUUUAGAUUCUGCACUUAAUUAUUUUACUAAACAAUUAAAUAUGGAUGAAAACUGUUUAUCAGAUGAUCAUAAAAAUAUUCUAAUUGAUAUUCAAUGGAUUAUUGAUAUUUAUAAAAAGAGAGAAGAAUUUAAAAAAGCAUUUCAAUUUUGUCAAAAAAAAUUUCAAGAAAAAAAGACUUCACUUGGAGAAAAUCAUUCAAUGACAUUAGCUAUCUUUAUGAUAAUGAUCGAUCUAUGUGAUAAUCCUAUGGAUAAAAGUAAUUAUUAUAAAAAAGCUUUAUCUUUAUAUGAAAAUUUAAUACCAUCUGACCCAUAUGCAACUAUUAAAUGUCUGGAUACAAUGAUUAAUUUUUAUUUGAAGAGUAAUGAAGUUCAAGAAGCAUUGAACUAUCAAAUUAAAAUGAUUGAUCUUGAACGACAAUUAGUAAUAGAUGAUCAUAUUAAUCUUGCUUUGUCAUUAGAAAGAUUAGGAAAAAUUUAUGAAACUUUAUCAAAAACAGGUGAAGCAAAAAAAUGUUAUAGAGAAAGUAAAAUUAUAAUUGAAAAACAUGAAAAUAAUCAUAUCAAUAUGGGUUCUUCUCAUAUGAAUCAUUCUGUUGAUUCAAAUUUACAUCAUCAUCUAGGAGAAUCAAAUUUUACAAAAAGUAGAAUAUGUGUUUUACUAUAA